AUGGCUCAAAAGAUAAUCGUUAUCGGCUCUGGUAUGAGUGGACUCACAGCAGGUGGUAGAAUAAAAACUGAUACUCAAUAUGGAGUCAAUAUUGACAUGGGUGCUUCAUGGAUACAUGGUGCCGAUGGCAAUCCACUGACUGAUUUGGUGCCCAAUGCUCGAAAGGUGGUGUUUGAACGGAUACAGAUGUUUAAACCAGAUGGAAAGCCAAUAUCAAUAGAACGGUCUAGAGAGCUCUUAGAUGUGGUGAGAACUGCUAAAGAAACGUUCUGGGGUGUGUUUGAACGUGCUGCAAAUUAUGUGAGAUCAACGCACGCUGAUAUGUCGAUGCGAGAUUUUAUCGAUCAAGACGAGGAAUGGAAGAGGCAGUUAGAGCGUGAUGACUUGUCUAGAGAAAUGCUGCCAUUCCUGGAGAAAGCUAUAGAGAAUAUCGAGGCCGCUGACUUGGAGACAAUGUCUAUACGCGAAUGGGAUAUCAACGACUUUGGUGGAGAACAUUGUUAUCUAGUAGAUGGAUAUACAGAACUUCUCAAGAAAUCUGGCGAACACAUCCUCGCUGAAAAGGAUACACGUAUAUUCCUCAAUCAUGUAGUGACGAGUAUCGAUUACAGUGGCGAGAAAGGUGCAGAUGUGAUAAAUCCAGUGACAGUUCACACGAAUCAAGGAGACUUUUCGUGUGCAGCUGUACUGACAACGAUACCAUUGGGAUACCUGAAAGCUCAUCAUCAGAGUAUAUUCAACCCGCCUCUACCAAUAUCAAAGAAACAAGCUAUCGAAGGAUUGGGCUUUGGAGUAUUGGAUAAGACGAUUCUCAAGUUUGAAAAGGCGUUCUGGCCUAUGGAUGUGGAAUUCUUCUACGGCUUUGUCGACAAUGCAGACCCAACACAAAAACCAUCUCUCGUCUCCUUCUUAAACGUGACUCGAUUACAUCCGGAACUAUCAGAUCCACCAGCUAUUCUGGUUGCAUACUAUGCCCAGUCUACCGCUAUGAGGAUGGAAGGAUUGACGGAUAAACAAGUCGGAGAAGUGUUUAUGACUUCCAUCAAGAGGAAUUUCAGUGAUAACGUUGAUGAAAUCAAGUUGGUGGAUUUGACUGUAGUUCGAUGGGCUUGUGAUCCAUUUGCAUUAGGAUCGUAUAGUUCUAUCCCAGUCGGCCAAUCUGGUGAAUGCAAUGAUGCGCUGGCCGCACCUCUUCGAUUAGGUGGUGGAGUGUAUACCGCUCCAAUCUCAACAACCAACGGACACAUCAAUGGCGACAUCAAUGGACAUUCAGGAGACUCAAAUGGCACAUUACUACCGCUCCUACCAAACUUGACCUCACCCGCCAUCCCAACAGAUCCAAGUAAUCCAACAAACAACACCAAUAAUCCAGUCGUAUUCUUUGCAGGAGAGGCCACGAAUAGGAAUCAUUUCGCUACGAUACAUGGAGCUCUGUUGAGUGGUCGUCGUGAAGCAAAUAGGAUGAUUAAUCUCUUGGCUGAAUGUAAAGUCUAA